GUGUGUGUGUGUGUGUGUGUGUGUGUCUGUGUGUAAUUGGGUGUGGUGUGACUACCUACUCUGGCUUACUUCCCCAUCAAAAAUCUGUAGUAGUCAGCUACAACUGCGCUAUCUUCUCAUAAGCUCAGCAUCACCACCAGCAGCCAGAGUGUGUGUUGAGCACAGGCACAGAGCUCCAUUGGUUAGAGUGUGUUGACAGCCUGUUUGAUCACAGGAGUGCCACACUAAUUCCCGUGCAGCUCGCACCAGCUCGGUUCAGCCUGUUCACUGCCCACAAGCCUUGAUCGUGACCGUCCAAGCCACUGCUAUGAGUGUCAUCUCCUCCCUCACCUCCUCCUCCUCCUGCCCUGACUUGUACCACUCACCCAGUUACUCCACUAAUGGCACCAUAUCGGACACCAGUGAGAUCAGCCACAUGAUCCUGCGGCAUUACAACCACACGGGCCGCCUGCAGAACAGGACCAUCUCAAACACCCAGAGCCACAUCAGCGUAGCCGGGGCUGUCUUCCUGUUCUUCAGCAUUUUCAUCAUACUGGAGAAUCUCCUGGUGCUGGUGGCCGUCAUCUCCCGCAUCCUCCAUAGCCGGCGCUGGGUGUACGUCUGCAUUGCCAAUAUCACACUCAGUGAUCUCCUCACAGGUGCCUCCUACCUGGUCAACAUCUGCAUGUCUGGCAGCCAGACUUUCCGCCUCACCCCUGCUCUGUGGCUCUUCAGGGAGGGGAUGCUGUUUGUGGCCAUGGCAGCAUCCAUAUUCAGUUUGCUGCUGAUUGCUGUGGAGCGUUACACCACUAUGAUGAAGCCACUGCCCCAGAAGUCACCGAGGAAGACCUACUAUAGGAUCUACAGCCUGGUGGCACUCUGCUGGGUUUUGGCCCUAGUGAUUGGUUUCCUCCCUUUGCUGGGCUGGAACUGUGUUUGCAGCCUGGACGAAUGCUCCACCCUCCUCCCUCUCUACUCCAAGACCUACAUCUUUUUCUCUCUCUUCAUCUUUUUCAUCAUCCUCCUGGCUAUUUUUGUGCUCUAUGGUGCCAUCUACUGCCACGUACACAGGAGUGCACAGCUUGGCCCCCAUCGUAGUCGCAAGCGCUCCUUGGCCCUGCUUAAAACUGUCAUCACCAUCGUUGGGGUCUUCGUGCUCUGCUGGGGCCCACUGUUCCUGCUGCUCCUGGUGGAUUUCUUCUGCGACUCCCGCCAAUGCACGCUACUGUUUAGCGCCGACUAUUUCAUCUCCCUGGCUGUCUUGAACUCUGGCCUGAACCCCGUCAUCUACGCCCUGGGUAGCAGCGAGAUGAGGAAGGCUAUUGCCGAGCUGCUGUGCUGCUGCUGCCUGAAGGCCGGCCUCUGCCACCCAGACACAUUCAUGUCCAAAGACACCAGCAGCACCUCCGAGAGCAGGCGGGACAGUCUCAGGAACAGCUUCAGCAAAGUCAGGAAUCUGAGCGUAGCCUCCCCACCUUCAACUCCGAGCAAACCCCGCAGGGCACCCAAAAAAUGCAGGCUGAGCUCCACGACCAGCUGCCUGUCAGUUUCAAGUGGUUAAAACCACAACGUGCUCCCCUCCCAAGCAAACAAGACCUGUGUGCAUUGAUACACAUCUAACCGUUUCCUCUAAGUUUUGGUUUGACUGUUUACUGCUUUGCCAGCAGGUACUUGCACUGAUGAUUAUGCACUGUCAGAAAACCCGAUAAAAAUAUGAAUUUAUCCUUAAGUUUGCAAUAGUAUCACAAAUAGCAGAAUGUUGUUUUUGCAUUACCAGACAUUCAUUUUAUCUAUGCAUUUUACACAUCUACUGUACUGAAUUGUUGCACUGUUCUUAUUUACUUUUACCAAGACAUAUAUAUAUAUAUAUUAUGGAUGUUUAUUCACAAGUAUAAUUAUCUGUGGAGAAAGAACAUUGAAAUGUAAAAUGUGCAAAAUGGGAAAACAUGUAUUCUCUGUACAUACGGCAUUAUUUGUUAACAUUUUGUAUUACCCUGACGUUGGAUGAUGAAAAUAUGAAUAAAGUUUAUUUUGCUUUA